UAUGGGGCAGUCGUCGAUCUCCUGAGGUAGCGCACCUUCGAUCGGAACGAUGUAAUCUUCGAGAGUACUAGUCUCUGACCCCCUCUCCUCGGUCAGCGCAUAUGGAUCGCCAUGUAAGACAGCAAGAUUCAGCUCAUCGUCGGGUAGCGCCUCAUAGAACCGUAUCUGGUCAUCUUCGUCCGGCAAAGCGAUUAUGACAGACUCAAGCAAAGCCACCCAUGCCACUUUUGCGAUCGGACCCCACCCGUCGUCAUUUGGGCGGUAAUCAGGUAACGCACUGUUUUCAGACGGAGGACCCUGCCGUAGCAAACGGAUUGUCGGAGACGAAGAUGGGCCUCUAUUGUCAAUUCCUCGAGGUAGUCUUCAUCGCUAGCUCGUGGCUCAGGCCUAUAGGUCCUUACGGCUCUGCUUGCAAGGUCGGCGGCGACCUGGUCGACCCAAUCUUUAAUCCCAUGGAAUUGCUUAGCCGUCCUAAAGGGAUUUGGUCCCAGCCUGUGCAACGCCACGACCACGCUUGGGAAGGCGGGAAGUACGGGUUGGCCAGGAGGGCUUUCCAGCGGGAGACGCAGAUCUCGAAACGCUCCAAAACGCACACGAGCCACGUCGAAUUGGGCCCGCUGCUCUGCACUCGGCAACACGUCAUACGCAGCCGCUCGCACCGCGGCGGUCACGAAUGGAUCGAUCGUUUCUGCUCCCUCUCCCCACCUCCAAUCAGGCAGUGGACCGUCCUCAGAGGGAUGUUUGCCAGUCAGACAGGCGAGUCUGAGUGCCACUUGUGCGGGACUAUCGCGGAGCGCCGUGUGUACUGUCUCUGUUAUCAAACCUUUGGUCCUGAUGUCAUCGAGAUCCCUCUUGGCAAUUUCGGUCAUUCGACGUAUGAGGCGACACAUUGGAUCCAACUUUCGAUAGGUUUGGCAUGCCGACCUAUUUCGACGGGGCUCGCUAGCUGUUCGAACGCAGAGAGCACGUCCGGGAAGGACGUAGCGGACGGGAUGUGUGAAGAUACCUCCAUGAUUGUUGUUUGUGGAGUUCGGUGUGGAUUGCUUGACUCCGUUGGAGGUAAGUGUUUGCGGAAAGUUGGAGCGUUGUUUUGUUCUUGGGUUCCAAGCUUGCGUUUAGACUUCUUCUACUAAGUGGAUACCGAUGCUGAUACAAAGCUUGAAGCCCUAUAUACUCUGGUUUUGAACAGUGCAGACGGUAUGGACGGGGUAGUGAGCAAUUGUUGUUACACAAUGGGCUUUCAAGAUGCCAGGACUCGAUUGCGUUGUUCAUUAGUAGUCAUCCUUUCCGUAUAUGACUUCGAAUGGUCUUUCUAAGGUUGAGCCUUGCCAGCUAAUCGUUCGCUGAAUCAGCUCUAUCUCGGGAUUCUUAAGCAUUGAGCUUAACACUCCUCUUUGCGGUCCUCACUUCUCAAAUUUCUUGGCAGCUAACCUACCUUGUAUACUUAUAAUGACUCGCUCGGAAAGUUUAGAACCAUGCU